AUGCAUCAAACCACACAGACACUCAAGGGACGCAGGAUGUUUCAAACCACACAGACACUCAACGAGGGACGCAGGAUGUAUCAAACCACACACACACUCAACGAGGGACACAGAAUGUAUCAAACUACACAGACACUCAACGAGGGACACAUAAUGUAUCAAACUACACAGACACUCAACGAGGGACGCAGGAUGUAUCAAACUACACAGACACUCAACGAGGGACGCAGGAUGUAUCAAACCACAGAAACACUCAAGGGACGCAUGAUGUAUCAAACCAAACAGACACUCAAAGAAGGAUACAUGAUGUAUCAAACCACACGCACAGUCAACGAGGGACGCAGGAUGUAUCAAACCACAAACACACUGAAGGGACGCAGGAUGUAUCAAACCACACAGACACUCAACGAUGGAUACAUGAUGUAUCAAACCACACAGACACUCAACGAGGGACACAUGAAGUAUCUAACUACACAGAUACUCAACGAGGGACACAUGAUGUAUCAAACCACACAGACACUCAACGAGGGACGCAGGAUGUAUCAAACCACACAGACACUGAACGAGGGACGCAGGAUGUAUCAAACCACACACAAACUGAACGAGGGACGCAGGAUUCAACGAGGGACGCAGGAUGUAUUAAACCACACAGACACUCAACGAGGGACGCAGGAUGUAUUAAACCAUACAGACACUCAACGAGGGACGCAGGAUGUAUCAAACUACACAGACACUCAACGAGGGACGCAGGAUGUAUUAAACCACACAGACACUCAACGAGGGACGCAGGAUGUAUUAAACCAUACAGACACUCAACGAGGGACGCAGGAUGUAUCAAACCACACAGACACUCAGGGAGGGACGCAGGAUGUAUUAAACCAUACAGACACUCAACGAGGGACGCAGGAUGAUGUAUUAAACCAUACAGACACUCAAGGAGGGACGCAGGAUGUAUUAAACCAUACAGACACUCAACGAGGGACGCAGGAUGUAUUAAACCAUACAGACACUCAACGAGGGACGCAGGAUGUAUUAAACCAUACAGACACUCAACGAGGGACGCAGGAUGUAUUAAACCACACAGACACUCAACGAGGGACGCAGGAUGUAUUAAACCAUACAGACACUCAACGAGGGACGCAGGAUGUAUCAAACCACACAGACACUCAAGGAGGGACGCAGGAUGUAUCAAACUACACACACACUCAACGAGGGACGCAGGAUGUAUUAAACCACACAGACACUCAAGGAGAGACGCAGGAUGUAUCAAACUACACAGACACUCAACGAGGGACGCAGGAUGUAUCAAACUACACAGACACUCAACGAGGGACACAUAAUGUAUCAAACUACACAGACACUCAACGAGGGACACAGAAUGUAUCAAACUACACAGACACUCAACGAGGGACACAGAAUGUAUUAAACAACACAGACACUCAACGAAAGAUUCAGAACUGA